CUGGGUCAGCUGUACAACUGGGUUUAGCCUUGAAUUUUGGCUUUACACCUUUGUUGAUAAUUAUGACACUACAUAUGUAAACUUGUAGUGGAUUUAAAAUUGUAUUGUAAUACUCGGUUUUAUUCCAUUUUAAUAGUCUUUCGUUUGACGUCGUUUGCAGAUUGAAAAUUUGUGUGAUAUAGUUAGGUUACAUUGAUUACAACAUGGUUCAGGUGGAAGUAUAUACCACAACUAACAAGAAAUUAGGAGACAUCUCGGUUUCUGAAAACGUUAAAGUGAUAGAUAUUAAAAAGGAAAUAGCAAAAAUUUCAAAAUUAUCAGUUGAACGUCAGUCAGUGAGAUCUGAAGCCAAGGGCAAAGACAUUAAAGAUGAUUCCACCAUUGAAAACCUGGGCAGUACUAGGAAGGUUUUCGUUAAAGAUUUGGGGCCGCAGAUCGGCUGGAACACCGUGUUCUUGUUAGAGUAUGCUGGUCCUUUCGUAAUUUAUGUAUUAGUGGCAUAUCGACCUUGGUUACUUUAUGGCGCUGAAGCUCAAGGAACAGAACUGUCUACUACAGCUAAAAUUGCUUUGGGUUGUUGGAGCAUACAUUACCUGAAAAGAAUAUUCGAAACACUGUUUAUCCAUAGAUUUUCUCAUGGAACUAUGCCCAUAAGAAACCUUUUUAAAAAUUGUGGAUAUUAUUGGGGUUUCUGCCUUUACGUAGCUUAUCAUGUAAACCAUCCUUUGUUCACUGCUCCUUUGCUACUGCAACAAAUUAUUGGAUUGGCAAUCUUCGCGGUGUGCGAAGUAGGGAACCUUAGCACUCAUAUUCUUUUGAGAAAUCUUCGACCUGCUGGUACUACUGUUAGAAAAAUUCCCGUACCGGAUAAUUUUCCACUGACUAAACUUUUUGACUUAGUUUCUUGCCCUAAUUACACAUACGAACUUGGUGCUUGGAUUGGAUUCACUAUCAUGACAUCAUGUCUACCAGCUGCUCUCUUUACAUUAGCUGGGUUUUAUCAGAUGGCAGUGUGGGCCCUUGGAAAGCAUAAAAAUUAUCGCAAAGAAUUUCCUAAUUAUCCAAAACAGAGGAAAGCUAUUGUACCUUUCAUACUUUAAACGAAUUUUUAAUUAAUAAGUAAGGUGUAAUAAGUUAUAGUUAAUCUUAAUGAUUUAGUUUGAUAACUUUUUUUUUAUUAAAAUGUUAUAUAUUUUGUUUUUAUAGUCUGUGGGUUUUGUUAAAAAAAAUAUUUGUUGAA